AUAAAUUGUUUCAACAUUAAACGCCGCUCUAAUACUCAACAUGCAGCGACUUCCUAGACUAGCAGUUGUUAUUGGAGUGCUUUCUCUGCCUCUUAUUUCGGGCGCAGUUAAGAACCAGCUUCAGCACGAAUAUCCAGAUGUAGGAAAGGUUUUCGAGGGUUUUCAGGCCGGUCUUGCACUCUCCGACAUCGACAACGACGGUGACCUUGACUGUGUGACGGCUACGCGUGAGGAUUACGAUGCCAGCGUGCCAAGUGCUACAUUCGUGUGGUUUCUCAAGGGUGUAAACGGACACGAAGCGCGAAAUAUUUCCUUCUAUUUCCGUGCCGGCGAUGCCCCUGGCCAGGUUCUCUUAAAGGACAAAAAUGUUGACGGGCCUCUUCAAAAUGGAGCUUACGACUACUCGGACUACAAGAACUGCGUCGUGGUGGAAAUGCCUUACGAAAACUCACAAGAAUGCAUGCUGUGGAUAACUUGGGAGGCGAAGAACAAGGUCCCGCAGCGUUGCACAGAUGAAUAUGAAGACGCCUGCGACAACGCAAAAGAAAUAUUUGACGAUGACACUUGUAGCCCUUUCCUCGAAGUCAAUGGAUCAUAG